GUCGAUAUUUUGAGACCUCUAACGGGAGAAGGAAGGAAGGAAGGAAGGAAGAAAAACAUAUGAAGAAAGCCAAAAAAGAAAAGAGUCAAUGAAUGACUCUCCACAGCACGCCACUGUCAAGUUUUUCAAACACAUCCACACUAUAAAACCUAUGCUAUAAGCAAUGAAAUCCCACACAACACUAUCUCAUGUUCAUCUAAAAUCACUCAACACACACAUAAAGAGUGAGGGAGAGAGAUAAACAACGUGAUGGAAAGGACGGCGGAAGAAAAUGGCCUAAAGAAAGGGCCAUGGACACCUGAAGAAGACCAGAAGCUCGUUGAUUGCAUUCAGAAAUACGGCCAUGGCAGCUGGAAAGAGCUUCCGAAGCUUGCUGGGCUCAACAGGUGCGGCAAGAGCUGCCGCCUGCGUUGGACGAAUUAUCUACGCCCUGAUAUCAAGAGAGGAGCCUUUACUGACGAGGAAGAAAGGGUCAUUAUCGAUCUUCAUGCAGAGCUAGGCAACAAGUGGUCGGCUAUAGCUAGUUACCUGCCAGGGAGAACUGAUAACGAGAUCAAGAAUUUCUGGAAUACUCGUCUCAAGAAAAAGCUGUUAUGGAAUGGGAUAGACCCCGGCACCCAUAUGCCAAGGACUCAUCUUGAUACCUUGUUACCUGUAUUACCUCAGCUUCUCAGCUGUAAUAGUCAUACCUGGGAAAGUGUUGUGAGAUCUCAAGAGAAUGCUGCUCGUCUCACAAAAAUUUUACUGGUAGGUAACAUUUUACAGUUGUUGAACUCUGGUACUACAGUUUCGCCUCAUCUCCCAAUGGAAACUAUUAGUCCUAGCCUGGGAUCUGCUCGAGUCAUGAGCAGAACGCCAUGGGAUUCCCUUAUGAUGGGAUUGCAGUCGGAAAGAUUCAUUCCAAAAGCCGAGUCUGAUACUCUGACAUGCCAACAAAGCUUAAAAAAUGCACUUCAACCUGUCUUCCAGAACACAAUGGAAACUGACAAUAUGAUGGAUAUAGAUAGUACCAAAUUUGGGGAAUCAUCUAACAUGUACACAGAUUUUGAAGUACCCGAUCUCGUCUCAGCAUCUCCUGUGUGUUUAAGUACAGAUCAAGAACCAAACAAUUUCAUCAGCCCAGAUGAAUUUUCCAACCCUCCAACUACUUCUAAUACAAUGGAAGAUAUUCUCAUGGAUGAUGAAGCAAACAACUACUACUGGAAACAAGUCCUUGAUCAGGCCAGACUGUCGCCAUGAAUCAUGAUCAAUAUCGUUUCUGGACACGCAGCUAACAGAUGGUGUCAAGAGAUAGAGUUGAAUCUCAAGGAAAAUACCAAACAUUUAGCAAUGAAAAAUUACCAGAUUUC